AUGUCAAUCUCACUACACUCCAUCGACUGUCCGCAUUUAACCGCGGACUCCCUGAAAGAUUUCAUCGAACAGUAUUCGAUUCAUACUACUAAUCAAUUUCUUUUAUGGUUAAGCAAAUCUCCUGAUAAAAUCGACAAAACUAUCGAAUGUAUUCAUUCGUGUGUUCUUGCUCAUACCGCUCAACUCGAAGCUCGUCGGUUGAAAGCUGUGCAUUUUUACCGAGUGAAUUCGUUUAUGUUUGAUCAAACACAUCUUUUGCGAUCUACUCGUCAUUUAAUUUUCAUCUAUGAACAUUUUCAUCAAAAGCAAUGGAAUGAUUUCUUUAAUUUCUUCUUACUUCGUUUGUUCCUUACCAAUCAGUCAAUUAAAGUCCAAUACUUGAAUACCAAUCCGAGUUUAUUCGAUUUGAAUUACUUUUAUCAUUAUUAUUGUACGUCAAACGAAAAGAUCUGUGCGCAACGGAAUGAUUUAUUCGAACAAUCGUUUUAUUUCCAACCAUGUCGGACUUUGGAAGCAUUCGAAAAUCAUUUGAAUUACAUGGAAAAUAACCAACAAGAUAUACAAAUCUUCAUCAUCGAUGAUCUCUUCUCUUUAAUCCAACCUUAUUUACAUCUCGAUCGACGAAUUAAAAGCAAAAUUCUUCAGUUGACAUAUCGCCUGAAUCGCCUCGCACAAAAACAAUCGAUACUGUUUAUCAGUGGCCUUAUUCUGCAUACGACAAAACACCAAAGGAGUUCUGUUGAAGAUGUCCGAUUCGAUGCAUUUCAUGCGGACAAAUAUGUCUUGUUUCAAUCCGUACCAACAUCAGACAAAGAUAUUCAAGUUGAAGUUCUCAAUGAAAAGACGAAAGAUAAACAAUCGAUUGAAUUCAAGUUGAAUCUUGAUGAGUGGGGUCGAUGAUUAAUGUUCUUAACAACGUUGAAAGUUCGUUUACAAUUAGGUAUUACGAGUGGACUACUUCGAUUACCUGUUCGUUCAAUAAGCAAUACAACAUCUAGCUCGCCUUCGGAUGGACGAUCUCAGAAUGAGGUUAAUACUGGAAUACUUCUACUUAACAUGGGUGGACCUGAAACCAUCGAUGAUGUCUAUGAUUUUCUGAACCGUCUCUUCUCCGAUAAAGAUAUUAUUCCUUUGCCUGCCCAAAAGAUACUAGGACCCUGGAUUGCUCGUCGUCGAACGCCGAGCAUCCAAGAACAAUACGGUAAGAUUGGUGGCGGAUCACCAAUAAAAAUGUGGACAGAAAAACAAGGACAAGGCAUGGUUAAACUUCUCGAUCAACUAUCUCCAUCCACAGCUCCGCAUAAGUAUUACAUUGGUUUUCGUUAUGUUAAACCAUUGACGGAGAUGGCGCUCGAUGAAAUAGAAAAAGAUCGUCCAAAACGUGUUAUUGCAUUUACACAAUAUCCUCAAUAUAGUUGUUCAACAACGGGUAGUAGUUUAAAUGCUAUAGCGAGAUAUUAUGCAACGAAAGAGAAGAGAUUAAGAUUGGAAAAAGCGAAUAAGAUUUCGUAUUUUGACGAGCCCAAUGAUGCCCAACCUGUGGAAGAUCUGAAAUGGAGUGUGAUUGACCGUUGGCAAACACACCCAGGUUUUAUUCAAGCAUUUGUAGAGAAUAUUCGUGAUGAGUUGAAAAAAUUUCCUGCACACGUUCGAAAUAACGUAGUGAUUUUAUUUUCAGCACAUUCAUUACCAAUGAAAGUAGUUAACCGUGGUGAUCCAUAUCCAGCUGAAGUUGCAGCUACUGUUCAAGCGGUUAUGGAAUCCUUAAACUUCUCAAACCCCUACCGAUUGGUCUGGCAAUCGAAAGUUGGACCUAGUGCUUGGCUUGGUUGUGCCACUGAUGAUGCUAUUACAGGUUUAGCUAAAAAUAAUCGACGUCAUAUACUUCUUGUACCUAUCGCAUUCACAAGUGAUCAUAUCGAAACAUUACAUGAACUCGACAUUGAAUAUAGUCAACAUCUUGCGACAAACGCUGGCGUAGAAAUGAUUCGUCGCUGUGCAUCAUUAAAUGAUAGUCCUCUUUUCAUUAAAGCCAUGGCAGAUAUUGUACUGAAACACAUGGAAAGUCAACGUCAUCAUACGACUCAGUUAUCUCUUCGUUGUCCUGGUUGUGUCAAUAGCUCAUGCGAACAAAUGCGCAGAUUUUUUUGUUCAUCUACAUCGAAAUCAUCAGCUAAAUGA